AUGGUUACCACCACUACUCAGGCGCCGUCUCGCCGCUUCCCUUCUAUGAUCGAGAUGGCCUCUCAAGCACCUUCUCGUCAUUUUCCUUCUAUGAUCGACAUGGCCGAGACCGCCUCGAUCCGCUCCGUCGCACCUUCUUACAUUUCUGAGGUGCCUUCCUACCAUUCGGAUCGUUAUUCAUAUGCCGAUCCAUACAACCUACCGGAUGAGCCUGCACCGCCUUAUUCACCGCCAGCUGCAGGAUGGGACAUAGCCGGCCGGCUCGGUGUCCUCUCCUCCUUAGUUCCCGCAACCCUGCCCGAUCCGCCGGAAGAGCCCCGCCGUGAACGCAACCGCCCCCGUCCCCGUGCAGCGGCUGCCACCGAAACUUCUACCGGAAGUACUUCCCGGGGUACCUCGAGAACCACCGGUAGAACUAGCGGAAGAACUACUUCCGACACCACUUCCGCAACCACCACUACCAGCACACGAAACCGAAACCGCCUCGGUAGUAACUCGGCCGCCAAUGACAGCUCCAGUACCAUUGCCAGGCUCGGAAACCACAGCAACACCAGCACACGAAACCGCAGCCGCCUCGGCACUAAUACCGCCGCCAAUGACAGCUCCAGCACUAUUGCCAGGCUCGGAAACCACAGCACCAACACCCGGAGCAACAACCGGAGCGCCAACCUGAACCCGAGGACUAGCGCGGCCGCCAGCUCCACAUCCCUGCCCACCACCGCCAACGCCGGUCCCCGUCCCGUCACCGGCGGCCGGACCCGGGCUCAGACCACCACGGAAACCACUCCCUCCCGAUCCACCAGCUCUCCCUCCCCUCCUCCCCGCGUCGGACUUCCCCCGGUCCCCUCCGGCCCGGCGCCGCGAACCGACUUCCCAGUUCUCGGCGACUUGCGCAUCCCGUCCCUCUCAUCCAUGUCCUCCAACCCCAACCUCCGGCAAUACCAAAACGUUGCGCAACGGCGCGCCGCAGCCAACGCCUCGACCACCAACCUGGACGGCCUCCGACGUGCUCUCGACCGCAUCGAAGAGGAGCGGAACAACAACAACCCGUCCAACAACGCGGCGCGCCCGCGCCCGCUCGAGGACCCCUAUCUGGUGGGCGAGGAGGCGGCGGCCAAAGCACGGCGGGAACGAUUGGCGAGGGAAAAUGGCGAUAUCCUUGUUCAGGAGAACCAUCGGUGGGAUCUGUUUUUGAAUGCUAACGGCUCUCAACUCAAUCUGCACAGACCUCAUGAGAGAACAAGAAGCACGCCAACCGGGCUGGCGCCGUUUUCGCAAAACGUCGAGACGCGCACCAACAAGCUGCCUUUCCGACUCGGCAUGCGGGCGCGAUAG